AUGAAAGUGAAGAAAGAUCAGAGCCGCAAGUCAAGUAAUGGUUUGUCUAAGCGCAAACUCAUGUCCCGACCUGUCUCUUCCGAGAGAGGCUCGCCUUCUCGGAAUCUUAACCGUUCAGACAAGAUCAUAGAUUCUCCAGGUAAUGUACGGAGAUCGUUUGUGGCGUCGCUUGAGAAGGAAGAUAGGUACUACACAACGAGGGGUUCAAUGGGUACAGAUGAAAGUGGAAAAGUUGUAAAAGAAACUGUGAAGGAAAACAAGAAGCAUGUGUGGCCAAAGUUGUUUAUGACUUUGUCAAAUAAAGAGAAGAAAGAAGAUUUUUUGGCUAUGAAAGGGUGCAAACUUCCUCAAAGACCCAAAAAAAGAGCCAAAUUGGUUCAGAAGACUUUGCUUCUCGUGAGUCCAGGUACUUGGUUAUCAGAUCUGUGCAAAGAGAGGUAUGAAGUAAGAGAGAAGAAGAAGACUUCAAAGAAGCGGCCAAGAGGAUUGAAGGCAAUGGGAAGCAUGGAAAGCGAUUCAGAGUGAAAGGAUAGAAAUGAGACAACACAAAAUGAAUCUGUUUUGUCUGUCAUUACAUUUUGAGAAGCCUACUCUUAUGAGCAACUUGUAUUUUUGCUUUGAAGCUAAUCUAUAGCUUCCCUAACCAAAAAUCUCCUGUCCCACCCAUUUUUUUAUUGUUUUUAACUUGUUGAUUCAGCAUUUAGACAAUUCAUGUAAACAUAGCUUCAUGAUGAGAAGUUCUUCAAUCUCUAAUCAGAA